AAUCUAAAAUUCCAUAAACCAAAACUAAAACAAUUCUCUCCACUUUUCUUAAAUCAGUCACUACAAACCCAUACCUAGAACCCCUUAAAAUGGCACCUAUUAAAGUCUAUGGCCCUGCCUACUCAACUGCCGCCAUGCGAGUUAUGGCCACUCUUUAUGAGAAAAACCUCGAUUUUGAGCUUAUUCCCGUAGACAUCAUCAAAACUGCUGAACAUAAGAAAGAGCCUUUCCUUUCUCGAAACCCUUUUGGUCAAGUUCCUGCUUUUGAGGAUGGGGAUCUGAAGCUCUUCGAAUCUAGAGCAAUUACGAAAUACAUUGCCAAUCAAUACAGAGACCAAGGAACAGAUCUGCUAUUCAGAGACCCAAAGGAGCAGGCGAUCGAGUCUCUUUGGAGCGAGGUUGAGGCUCACCAUUUUGAUCCGGCAGGAGCGAAGCUGAACUGGGAGUUGGCCGUGAAGCCGAAGAUGUUGGGCGGCGAAGGGGACCAAGCCGCGAUCGAGGAAAAUAGGGCUAAGCUGGUUAGGGUUCUCGAUGUGUACGAGAAAAGGCUGUCCGAGUCCAAAUACAUGGCCGGCGAUCGGUUUAGCUUGGCCGAUCUUCACCAUUUGCCUACGGCGGAGUAUCUGCUGGUCACGAAUCUGAAGGAGCUGUUUGAUGCUAGGCCUCGAGUCACUGCUUGGUUGGCGGACAUUACAGCCAGGCCGGCUUGGAAGAAGGUCCUCGAGUUGAGAAACCAAGCCUUGAACCAAACCAAUUAAAACCUUAGCAGUACUCGACUGUCUCCAAUUUUUAUCCCUAUCCCUGGAAAAAUAAAUGUACUGCAGCUUGAAUAUGUGUUAGUACUCUUGUAAAACUCUAUUAUUUGCUUUGUCUUGGUGCUCUUGUAAAACUCUUGAAUGUCUCUCACUCAAGGAAAAAAAUUGAGUGUAUCUAUUUGGCUUGUUCUAUUUACUAAAUAAAGAAGUGAUUUGAUGUGA